AAGAAGAAUAGAGCGCAAACCACAACGUAGAAGAAGUAAAAUCAGGAACCCGCCAUGCAAGAAGGAUGUAGUCUUGUUAUGAAUUAAUAUCCAAUGUUGUUACCAAUUUAAGAAAGUGAUCAUUUGGAAAUCGACAAGAACUAAACUGAGAUGUAUACACGUCUGUACGCUGGUAUAACGUGACAAAACCAACUGAAGUUUACGAGUUGGUUCUUUACUUGUGGAUAAAGUGUGAAAAUGGAGGAAAUGGUGAUGGACUCGGACUCAGUGGAAAUGUCUGGACCCGGACCGCAUCACGGGCUUGCCGAUGCGUGGGAAACUGUCACAGCAGCUCUGGUGUCUCCUAGCUGCUCUGUGUCUGACCAGAACAUCUUGGAUUGCCUGGACCUGCUGUGCGGUCAGGGUCUGGGUCAGCUGCUUGGCAUCUGGCUACUGGAGGGUAUGCAGAUGCGUCUGUCAUCCUCAGUGGUUCCCGAGUUCUGGUCUGGACUGAAACAGCCAGAGAAUGAGCUGGAGGAGCGGGACAGGGCCUUGGUUCUUCUCACUGCCUUCAGGACUCUGCUGGACCGCCUGGAACCUUUCCUGAGUGGUUUGGAGAGACUGGGGGCAUGGCAGGAUGAGGGUCGCAGUGGACUGUGUGGGCCGGGGCCCAGGGGCCUCAAGGAGCGGGCAUUCACCACCAUUAGGGCCCUCCUGCUCUUCUCUCCAUCUCCAGUCCUACAGGAGCGAGUGCUGGAGUUUUACAGCAGGACCUUCUCCGUCUACAUGAACCACGAGGGGGGCAGCGAGGAUGGUGUUGAGGCUCCAGAUGGCCCUGAAGGAGGGGCCUGCCCAGGCUGUGGGGUUCUAACACAGGAGUGCUGGUGUCAGGGGGCCUUGGAACAGCUGCAGGAGCUUAGCCACAUACUAUCAAAGCUGCAGCUGCUGGAGUGGGUCAGCUCCGAGGCUGUUACCUCCAUCCUCCACAAGCUGAUCGAGCAGCGUAUGGACCAGCACUGCCGCGGCGAGUACGAGCGCUCGUUCCUGCAGGAGUUCCAGGAGUGGUUGGAGCUGGUGCUCGGCUGGCUUAGCAAAGUGUUUGCCAGUGAGGCGGAAGGAGAAGGUCCGGUCUCUGGGGGUCCAGGCAGUCCUGGUGCGCAGCCCAAGAGCUCCAUCAUGAAGCAGUGGAGAUGCCACAUGCAUCAGUUCUUCUGCAGGAUCUACGUCAACAUGAGGAUCGAGGAGCUGUUCAGCAUCAUCAGAGAUUUCCCAGAAUCCAAAGCUGCUAUUGAGGAUCUGAAGUUUUGUCUGGAGAGGACCAACCAGCGACAGCAGCUCCUCACUUCGCUCAAAUCUGCCUUUGAGAGCCGUCUGCUGCACCCGGGUGUUCACACAUCAGACAUCCUCACAGUUUACAUCUCGGCCAUCAAAGCUCUCAGAGAGCUCGACCCCUCCAUGGUCAUCCUGCAGGUCGCCUGCCAGCCAAUCCGAAGGUACCUCAGGACUCGGGAGGACACGGUGAGGCAGAUCGUGGCCGGUCUGACCGGAGAUGCAGAAGGCUGCACUGACUUGGCCUCCGAGCUGUCCAGAGGAGACCCGGUGACUCUGGAGAUGCAGGACAGCGACGAUGAAGGCAAUGACCCAGAGGACUGGACUCCAGACCCGACUGACGCCGUACCUGAUAAAAUGGGCUCGAAGCGGCGUUCGUCUGACAUCAUCAGCCUGCUAGUCAGCAUCUAUGGCAGCAAGGACAUCUUCAUUGACGAGUACAGAGCUGUGCUGGCGGACCGGUUGCUGCACCAGCUCAACUACAACACCGCCAGGGAGAUUCGUAACGUGGAGCUGCUGAAGCUGCGCUUCGGAGAGUCUCACAUGCAUUACUGCGAGGUCAUGCUGAAGGACAUGGCGGACUCUCGCAGGAUCAACAGCAACAUCCGUGAGGAGGAAUCCAGGCUGAGCGAAGAUGAGCAGCCGCCGCUGUCCCUGUCAGCCAUCAUCCUGUCGUCUGAGUUCUGGCCCACGCUGAAGGAAGAGAAGCUGGAGCUCCCCCCUGUUGUAUUGCAGGCCAUGGAGACCUACACACACCGCUACGAGAAGCUCAAGGCAAUGAGGACGCUGAGCUGGAAGCCUCAUCUGGGCUCAGUCACCCUGGAUGUGGAGCUGGAGGACCGAACGCUCAGCAACCUCACCGUGUCCCCCAUCCACGCCGCCAUCAUCCUGCACUUCCAAGAGAAAAGUUCGUGGACACUGGAGGAGCUGAGCGCGAAGCUGGGCGCCCCGAAGGAGCUGGUGCACAGGAAGCUGGCUCUGUGGCAGCAGCACGGCGUGCUGAGGGAGGAGGCGGGUGGCCGCUUCUACGUGGUGGAGAUGGGCUCAUCCAAAGAGAAGCUGGAGAGGGGGGUGAUGCUGAUCGACAGCGACGAGGAGAGGGACUCCAACACCACCACCCAGUCUGAGCAGAGGGAGGAGAAGCUGCAGCUGUUCUGGGCCUACAUCCAGGCCAUGCUCACCAACCUGGACAGCAUGACACUGGACCGCAUCCACUCCAUGCUGCGGAUGUUUGUCGCCACGGGACCCGUCGUCACAGAGAUGGACAUCAACGAGCUGGAGGCCUUCCUGCAGAAGAAGGUCAGGGAGCACCAGCUGAUGGUGUCAGCAGGCGUCUACAGACUCCCCAAAUCUAACUGAUGGAGGACGGCGUGCUCAUUAAAGAGCAGGAAAAUGCUUCAAGCUGCAAACUCAGUGAGAAAAAAAAUCACUUGUCUGUGUGACAUGAAUGCAGCUGAACUGAAUAUGUGAAACAUGUUUGUUAUGAAAAGCUCUUUCAUGUCUCGUGUUUGCCUGAACUCAGCAUUCAUGUCACAGCUUUUCCAAACUUCUGACUUUAAUAUAAAAUUUGUACAUUUGGUUUUUAUUAGUUUUACAAGGAAAUAUGUCUCAACUUCAUUUAAAGCUACAAAUUAUUAAAGAGGUUAAACAGUA